ACAGAGGCUCCAGUCAAAGGGGGGAGGUCAGCAGCUCUGAGAAUAAGGCUGUGUGGGAUCCGGAGAUGUGGAGGGCAGCCCAGAAGCUGCUGCCACCCCCUCCUCCCAUGUGUCCCCAGACCUUGGUGCUGACAAAAGACAGCAUGUUCCUGAAGACGCCUCUGCUUCUGGUACUCAUUGCGCUGGGAACUCAUGUCUGGACCAUUCAAAAAGAAUUUGUAGACAUUAGUAAGAACCAUGGUUAUUUAGUGACAUCUGUGGAGUUUGCUCUGGCUCAGUUCAGUGAAGACAACAUGGAAGAACACUCAUACAAGUUGUUGGAGGUUGGGCAGGCCCAGAAAAAGGAGACAGCCAAUCCUGGACACCUGGAGGAUGUAGGAGCUCCUUGGGCACAGAGGUGGACAAUGAUAUUUUUAAUGGAGUUGACGUUGCACUGCACAAUUUGUAAAGGGGAGAGUGAAGACCUAAACAGCUGCUCCUUACAAGAAGGCCCAGGAAAGAAAAAGGUGGACUGCACCUUUAUUGUGGAUGCCAGACCAUGGCUUUCCCAGUUCUUCCUCCUGAAUAGUACCUGCGUGCAGAAAUAGGCAGAGAAGGGGCCCCUGGCUCCUCAAGCAAAAGUUCCUAGGGCAUUUGGGUGGUUCAGUCAGUUAAGCAUCAGUCUUCAGCUCAG